AAGACCAAAUAAAAUAAUACUAUAAACGAUAGUAAAUUGACCUUUUAUAAUUAUGUUUUACUUCACUUAUAUUGAUGAAGGAAUUCCGGUAUAUUAUUGGCUCUAUAUAAUAUUACAGGCAUAUUUUUUUAUAAUUUUUAAAUUAGAUUUGUAUGGAUAAAAUAACAUGAUUGACACAUCGGCAUCACGUGAGCGAUGUGUCAAACUCAAGUGAUCAACACACAUUGAGACUAUAUGGUUAACGCAUUAAAAUCAGGUGGAUGAUACUAAGGCAUUGCAUGGUCAUCUAACCUCGGUGUUAGAUGGUUGAUUCUUUGAAGACAUGUGGUUGACACCUCGAUGGUAGCCCCGUUAUACCCCAGUAUUCUUUCACAUCUUGUCGUUUAAUCUUCAUCAUAUGUUAAAGUAUUGUCAUCUUGGAUUCGGUGCAGAUUAGCAGUAGUUACGUCCGAAAUCAACGCAUCACGUUCCUGUGCGUAUCAUAUCAUGUAAAUGUAAUGAUUCAAGGAAGGAUUCUACAAAUAUGCCCCAAAAAUAAAUCUUGAACUCAGAAUGAAUUCGACCUGUCAAACUAACUUACUAACUUAAACAUUAGAGGAGCUUUGUUGAGAGUGUAUUGAUGUAAUUUUGCAAUAAUCAGAUUGAAUUAGAGAAGUUUAACUUGAGAUCAGCUCGAGGAAAGAACAACUUUUCACAUCGGACAACUAAAAUCUAAUUUAACAAGAUCCAAUUGGGAUCCACUUAUAUGGUUAUCACAUGUUAUGUUAUUGAACAAAAUUAUGUUAGAAGCAUGCUCGAUAAAAUGUUAGUCGAUUUCUCAUCACCAAGAUAUGAAUUUUGCAAUCUGCAUGUCAUCUCCCCAUAUCAAUACUUAUUUGACCAAAAUUGGUCAAAAGAUCGAUGCAGUAAAAUACAAAACCGUUGAAAUUGAUCGCGUGAUUUGCCAAUGCCAACUAAAAUUUCAAUGCGAUCUUCGUUUCGAACAUACAAUUAUUAUAACUCAAAUCUACUAAGUAAGUUGUGCCAUAAAAUCAUACAUUGAUCUUUACUUUGAAGUCAACUUGGCGGAGUCAACCGCCACCCACCAAUAACAUCAUGGAUGUCUCUCUUGAUGUGAUAUCGUUACACAUCCUAUUGCUUUAGUUCGAUGUCGUGUGCCGUUUCUAUACUUGAUGAUGAAUGUGAUACUUAUCUGUAUGCUCUUAUUCUGGUGUCCACAAAGCCACAAACACAUGAUGGGCAUUCGAAUUCUGUUUGCUGCUAAGUUCUAAGUUCUUUAUUCUGAAGACUCAUUGGAUAGGGAUAAGGCUUAAGAUGAGGUAAGGAAUAAGACUCCUUAUUCGUCAAGCAAUUUAAAUGUUAUCGGAAUAAAGCUAGAACAGUUGCUCUGAUCAAUUAUUCCAUGACAGAGGUGGAAUCCGAGUUGGUCUGUGUUAGGACCCCAAUGUGGCGGAGAUGGUACUACUGGAUAUGCCUUGUGGGCUGGACCUUGAAUGGAUUGGUGGAUCGACAAUUCGGUGAUGCGCAGGAGGAGAGACUUGUUUCUGGCGAUGACUUGGAGAGGAGCUGCUUUGGCUUCGGGUGGCGGUGGUCGCGUUUCCUGUGCUGUUCGCUUUCCUUCUCUGCGUUUUCGAUAAAGACGCUCAACUUCCAAAAGAGACGAAGACGGCACUUCCUGCGAGCCUUUGCAGUCAAGCCAGAAUAGUUGCCGGUGUGAUGUUGAGAAUCCUCAAAGCAUCGCUGAUUGCUCAUCUGUGCACAUCACAGAGCUAUUAAGAAUCAUUUGGGCGACUAGAUUGGACUCUUCAAUGAUCACCCUUCGUCACUUUUGUCAUAUAGCCAUCAUUGAGAAUAUUCUGCAUGUUUAGCAAUCAAGUUUCUUGUGGGAGAAUGAUAGCCCUCUAUGGAAUAAAGUGAAUUCUUUCGGGAUCUGCAAUAGCAUGGGAAAUUUUAGGGGAGCUUCUCCGGGCUAUGCAAUUGUGGGGUUUAAUGCAUCAGUUAUACACCUUAAAAUAUGUUCUUUGGAGAGAGAUUGAUUGAUGGUCUGUAGUUAUGAUGAAAACAAUGCGGAAAGAUUGGUAAGCAUCAGACUGCUUGAAAAAAGAUGUGGUGUUCUUGGUGGUCAUCCAACAGGGAGAUUCUCUCGUUGUGGACGUUGGUCCGUUGGAUCUGUCGGAUCUAUCGUCAGAUUUGAAAUCUCGAGCAGUCCAAUUAGGACGUUGGUAUCUUCAAACGGAACUAAAUGUGUAUAUCAAAUUAGAAUCGUUCCGUGGUUGCUUGUUUCGGGGACCGAACUAUUGAUCCGUGUCAUGUCACCAAAGUAUCAAUAUCGGCUGAUGCUAGAUUUAUAGUAAGGCUUCCCAUUCAUGAUAUUGUGUAGACUACUAUUGUCUUCAAUCCCUGCCGAGCAAAAGAGAAGAUACUGUUGACUGUACUGUAUGAGAGUGAAAGGUGGUGGAGCAGCAGCGAGAUUGUACAUUAUAACCCUGUACUCCUCUCCGCUCCGUUUGCUUUAGUUCAGCCGCUGUUGGUUGUGCUGUUCUCUGGCGCUGCGACGACCACGAACACGCGCACACAGACAGAGAGAGAGAAGGAGAGAGCUAAAAAGAUAUGCCAAGGAAAAAAGAGGAGGAAGAAAAAGAGAGAAGAAAGAGAAAAGAGGGGGUGGGGUGGGGUGGAGUGGAGUACCGGAACGAAGAGAAGCUACCACAUCUUGCUGCUCUUUAACGCGUUCAAUUCCUCUGACUAAAAGACUCACUCCUCCCUCCUUUUGAUGCCCCGUUCAAGCUUUAUCUUCUUUUUCUUCUUCUUGUUUUCUUUCUCCCCCUCUUUUCCUGGGACUCCGAGCUCUGCUUCGGGAUUCGGAGACAUAGGCAUGAGGAGGCGGAGAAAGAAAGGGUAUGGCGGUCGUGAUGACGACGGGUGCGGGCGGGGAUGAGCAGCAGCAGCAGCACCAGAAUCCCUUCUUUCUCGACUUCUUGGGCAUGGGCAUGAGCUGUGGUGGGCAAACGCCCGCGCCUGAUUCCCGCUCCAUGGCCGGGCACGCCGAACCCGACGCGGCCUCGCCCUCCGCUUCCUGGCAAACGCUUGGCGUCUCUUCCGCUGGGCAGCAUGGCAUUGUUUCCGCAACCUCUCUUCUCGGUUCAGAGAGACGGGGGAUGAGAAGUUCUGAGGUUUUUCACUUUCAUGGUAGGAAGAAUGCCAUUUCAGACCCCGAAGGAGGUAAUACAUUGCCAGGAAGAAAGAGGAGCCAUCCUGAAUCAGUAUAUUCAGGUUUGAUAGAUCGAGCAUUUCCCCUGAGCUCAGGCUCCCCUGAAAGCCCAUGCUUGAUUAAGAUGUUUGGAAAAGAAAUAGUUAGUGAGCGCCCGGAUAAAGCUCGUGAUGAUGAAAUUAUGUUGUCUAUGCAUCGACCACCAAGGCCAACUUCUCUUGUGUUGCAUCCUCCCCUUAGUAGCAGACCUGAUUCUCUUAGUUCCAAGUUAGAACAAUCAUUGUCCAGAAGUCCUGGACGGUUACUACAUGCUUCAUGCUUUUCGAAAGCUACAAUUUCUUCUUCAUAUGUGAACAAAGAUGCGAGUGCGGUUGCGACAGUUAUUUCACAAUCUUCCAUAGAUGAAGGUUCUCGAACAAACAUCAAAGCUUCUGGAGUUGUAAGUAUCAGCAACCCCGUUAGCAUGGUUUGUGAGAAAAUAUCAACCGAAUUCUUGCCUAGACCUAAGGCUUCUCAUGCUACAGAAUCAGAAACUUCUAAUGCUGUAAGGCGAUCUAAGGCAGCGUCUCCUGGACGUCAGAUGACCAUAUUCUACUCUGGCCAAGCACAUGUUUUUGACAGUGUCCAUCCAAAUAAGGCAGAUGUAAUACUGGCUUUAGCUGGAUCAAACGGCGUAUCAUGGUCGACCACUUACCACUCCAGAUCUAGUGAUCAGUCGAUCGUGAAUGAAGCUAAAACACGAGAGGAAGCGCGGACGAGCAAUUUGCCAAUAUCUGUACAAGGGGAUAUGACUCACCAAAUUGCAGAGAUACCACCUCCGAGUGAUCAUUCUGCCAUUAGAUCUGGUGGAAAGGAUGUGGGUGACGAAGGGUGCGCUUGAUUGAGGACCCAUUUGGAUCCAUUUCACUUGGUGGCGCUUUGGAAUUCUUGGUUUUGUUGUCAUUUGCUUUGGUUUGGUGGUUUAUGUGACUACAGGAACUUAUCGAUCAACCUUCAAGACUUUCUAUAUGUAUCGUUUUGCAUCGUUGCUAGUUUUCUCA